CGCAGCCCUCGCCAUGCCGCGCUCACGCGUGGGAGACCCUCCUGCGGGGCGCCGCCCGGAAACCCCCAGAUCCACCCCCCGCGGGGAAAUCCGCCCGUUUCUUCUGCCCUUCCUCUACCGGCUUUGCUCCUUCCCAGGGAGAUUUUUCCCAAAAUUCAGACCCCAACCCACCCAGCACCCACCUCCAACAAUUGGGAGCGUUUCACGAAACGCCGUGCUCAUGGCUCUGAUUGUGUAACCUGAAAACGCUCUUGUUUUUCUCAUCUGUACAGUGGGUUUUGAUUCCCACCAUGGCUAUCACACAGUUUCGAUUAUUUAAAGUUUGUACCUGCCUAGCAACAGUAUUCUCCUUCCUAAAGAGAUUAAUAUGCAGAUCUGGCAGAGGACGAAAAUUAAGUGGAGAUCAAAUAACUUUGCCAACUACAGUUGAUUAUUCAUCAGUUCCUAAACAGACAGAUGUUGAAGAGUGGACUUCCUGGGAUGAAGACGCACCCACAAGUGUAAAGAUUGAAGGAGGGAAUGGGAAUGUGGCAACACAACAAAACGCUUUGGGACAGUUGGAACCUGACUAUUUUAAGGACAUGACACCAACUAUAAGGAAAACUCAGAAAAUCAUUAUUAAGAAGAGAGAACCAUUAAAUUUUGGCAUCCCCGAUGGUAGCACAGGUUUCUCUAGUAGAUUAGCAGCUGCACAAGAUAUGCCUUUUAUUCAUCAAUCUCCUGAAUUAGGUGACUUAGAUGCCUGGCAGGAAAAUACCAAUGCAUGGGAAGAAGAAGAAGAUGCAGCCUGGCAAGCAGAAGAAGUUCUGAGGCAGCAGAAGAUAGCAGACAGAGAAAAGAGAGCAGCAGAACAACAAAGGAAGAAAAUGGAAAAGGAAGCACAGCGGCUAAUGAAGAAGGAACAAAACAAAAUUGGUGUGAAACUUUCAUAACAAAUGUUCUUCAAAUGUCAUAGUGCCAGUAGGAGAAUAUGUGCUCCACAACCCAAGCAACAUUUAUAUGGACUUAAGAGUAUUUUCAGAUUACAGAAACACUGUUUGAUUUUAAUGCAUUCAUCAGAUCAUCCAGGACACAAGAAAUCUCUCAAAGUAUCUUGAAUUCUCAAUGAUUGAAACUCAAAGCAAAAAAAAGACAUGAGACAAUAUUUUCUUCAACAUGCUCCAAGUGUAGGACAAUUGUUUGCUGCAGAGAAAUUAUUACAAGUGGAAUAUACCAGUACCUCUUCAAGCUAGUGUUUCUAGCUCAGUAAAUGGGUGUAAAUAAUUUUAUGAUGGGAAAGAACUCUGCUGUCUAUAAUGCUUUCCUUCAGUGUGCAUAAUGAUAAAAUAAAUAAUUUUAAAUAUU